AUGUCAGAAGGAAUUGAGGUUUUAAGUUCUGAGAUAUUUGAAUGUACUGCCGUAGAAGUAUUUAAAAUUCCACCAGGAGAAAUUACAUUGAAUCAAUGGACCAAUUAUGAAUCCAAUACUGUUUGGAAAGGAAGUCUAAGAUUAAUAGAACAAGAAUCAUUCCCAACUGAAGGCGUCAAUUAUGAGAUUGGGGAAGAUGCUUCACAGAUUUCUGACCUUCCGAUUCUACCGAUCGACAAAAUUCGAUUGAAAAUUGAAUUAUUCAAUACAAUUGAUGAUGACAAUUUAUUAUGGGGCCAAGUUUUCUAUAACCCAUUGAUAGAUAUAAAAGAUGAUUUGAUAGAGGUUAUUGAUACCAGUCCCUCUAAUACCACUGGUGAGGGGAUUGAGUCCUCAUCAGAUGUUCAAAUUGAAACAAUUCAAAGAACUCAUUCUUAUAGAUUAUUUAAGAUCAUUGUACAAAUACCAGGAACAAACUAUUCACCUAAUAAACAGGAUAAACUAAUUCAAGUGGCCCUAGGGUUAAAAUUUGAUGAUAAAAUUGAUGCAUAUACCUUCAUCGAAAGACUACAAUCAUAUAAGAAAUUAUUCAAAAGUUAUGUUGAACAAUACAAUUAUGAUAUGGACAUGUUAAAACUAACUACCAAACAAAACGAUUUAUCUUUGAAUGAUAUCGAGAAUAUUAAUUUUGGUGAAGUUAAUAACUUCGAGCCACCAAAUGAUGACGCUGAUGAUAAUGAUGAUUUUGGUGAUUUUGUUAGUUGA